AUGGCGGGACAAACGUCAGAAAUACGAUUAAAACGACUUAUAGAUGAGCAUACAGUAGAAAAUCCGGCUUUGAAUGUUUAUUCAAAAGAACUAGAAGAUGUUUUGUCCCUCUUGUGCACCGAGUUUUCAAAAAACAGCGACUUCUAUCAAAUUCUCAACGAAAAAAUCUUCGAAACGCGUAAGUUUUUCUUUUAAAUUUAUUAUGUUUUAGGAGUUUGUGCGGCAAAACAGUUUUUUGAUGGAUGCCAAGCACAUGUGGCUUCUGAAGCGUCAACGACGGCACUUGAGCAGAAUAUUGCUGAUGUUCAUCAGCGUAACUUUGAUUCAUAUUCAGAUGAAACGGGACCUUGUAGUAGUAUUGAAUUAAUGGAGAACGUAAAAGAAUUGAGGGAAAUUUUUAGUCGUGCUCCUACGGAUGAUUUUGGAGUAGCUUCUAAAAGCAAUGUAGACAAUUCAGAGAAGAACAGUGUUGAUAAUCAAGCCACGAGUUUAAUAAAGAAAGUUAAAGGAAGGUCAAACUGGACAUUAGUUUUGAUGGGAGAAAGUGAAAUAUCAGAAACAGGACUUUUUGAUGUUUAUAAUGUAAGCUUUACAGUUAUUCGCACUUUUAAAGCGCGUUAUCCGGAUAGUAGAUAAUUUUUGUUAUUUUAGAUUAUUGUGGACGACAUAUCGAAGCUUAUAUCAAUUAUAUCUUCUUCAAUCGGUUUGUCAGCUAAAAACAUUGUUUUCUAUGGCAACAAGAGAUGGUUUUCAAGUUGUAACAAGGAGAAUCAGCAAUCAGUUAAAGAUUUUGUAUUAGCAAUUAUACACAUGUUUAACGGUCUUAACAAUCCACCGGCUACAAAGCUUUAUUGGCUCGGAUUUCCUUCAUUUUCUGAUGGAAUGAUGGUUGGUGAAGAAUACGAAGGACGGUUGGGGGAGUUUAAUUGCGCUAUGUCAGAGAUUUUUAAGGAAGAAAGUAUGUUUUUGGACUUUAAAAUGUUUUUACCGUACAAAACUGGAGACAUGUCUUCGAAGCCGAAUGAUCAGAUAUCAGAAGAUAUGGAAGAAUAUGUGAUAACAAAUGCUAUGGAUUAUUUAAAGACGAAGGAGGUUACGUUUUUCACUCAAUGCUCUGAAAUGAAUAUCUCUACCUAA